GAGUGUCACUGCACCGAAUCACUCGCUCAUACAGCUUCGUGGACAACACCUAACCCUCUCCUGCUACCAACGUGAAGUACUGCAAAUCCGCAGUCCUGUCCUGUCCAAACCGACCAGACCGCGCAUUCUCUCCUUUCCACUCCCACUCCCACUCCCUCCUGUACACCGCUGCGACAAACGUUUCCAACCACCUCAGACACGCUGUUCGCGCUUUGCCGCAAGACUCGAGGCUGGAGGACGGUGAAGGGAGAGCAUCCCUCAACGGUCCCUUUAGAGGGUACAUGUACUGGACUAGACAUCGUCGGUCGCCUCGAUCUGUACGUGUCUCCCUCUUGACCUUGUGCACCUGAGAGAGAGAAUUGUCGCUGAACGCGUUGGUGCUCACAGAUCGGAUCCCCAUACAUCACGAUACCGAUACCCCGCCGCGACAAAGGCGACAACCUCAUCGUUUGACCUUGGAAUACAUACCCCCAGGCGGCAAGCAUCUAAGCGACGGACCUCUCAACGUCGGCCAGCAUGGCUUCGCAGAACAGGUACGUUAUCGUUGGGCUCUCUCGCACAGAUCAUUAUUUGUUACAAGUACAGUUUGCGGAAACACAGGGGAUUCAAGUGGACCACUAAUCCGCUUUUGCAUGGCCGGGCUAAACUCAAACUGGCCUUCACUCUUUGCUGUGAAUCAGCUUUUCUCCUCUCACCUCUUUUCAUUCAUCUUAUCGUUCUUUCCAGACGUGACCAGUGACUCCACGGAGCCUAUCAAUUAAUACUGAAUAUGUUGAUAGUAUCUACACACCUGGUCAGUUUAUGAACCCAGGACCAGCCCCACGGCCUCCCACAGAGCGACCUCAACUGACUCUCACGCCCUCAACUGCAAACCUACCGGGAAACAUGUCACAGAUGAGCAUCAACUCCCCAAUCACUCGCACAGCUACCUCAACAUAUACUGGUUCCACUGUCUCUCUCCCACUUGCACGACAACAAACAAAUAUGGACGGACAAGGUGGGGUUGCCGUAAUCAAGGAAGGCUGGGCUUCCGUCAAAGAGGGGAAGAACUUCAUCAGCCCAUGGAAGCAAAAAUUCCUAAUCCUAAGAAAAGAGGCACUGGACUUCCACAAAACAGAAGGCGGCAAACUGGUGUACCAGAUAGUAUUGAAAGAUGUACUAGGUGUCUCCCGUGUUGAGGCCGCAGGUACUAUUUUUGAAAUCAAAAGAACUUUGAAUGGCAGCUCGAACAACCCAGGAGACGAUGACGGUCAGGGUGCAAAGACACUUCAGAUUAAGGUCAAAGGCGACGACGAACUAUACGACUGGAUCGAUUUUAUAUAUGCAAGGUGCCCUGGAAUGGGUGGUGUUAGCAACCCCACCAACUUCAGUCACUCGGUUCAUGUCGGAUUCGACCCUCAAACUGGAGAGUUUGUUGGUCUACCUCCAGAGUGGUCAAAGUUGCUCAACUCCUCAGCCAUUACCAAGGAAGAUUAUGAGCGCAACCCACAAGCGGUAUUUGAGGUUUUGGAAUUCUACUCUGAUAUCACCCAGCGAGCACAGGACCCGAACCAGUUCCCAAGCCUCACACCAACACCACCUCCUGCUGGAAAUCAGAGUAAACAAUUGGGAUAUGCGGGCCCUGGAAGUAUGGGCGGUAUGGGCGGUGCGAGUAUAGCUCCUCAACGACCUACUCAAAACGGCCAACGCAAUCCUAGCUAUGGACCUAAUUCAACUUCAAAUGCACCCAACCGACCAUCCGUUCCUGAAGCCAACCAACAACGCCAGCAAAUGCAACAAAUGGCUUCAAAUUAUGUUAAUCCCCAGGUGCGUGACGACCAACGCCAAAAGCAGCAGCUUGAGGCGCAGCAACGUCAGCAACAGCAAGAGAGAGAACUGGAACAGCAACGACGAGAACUGGAAGAGUAUAAUGCUUCUCUGCCAAAAACUCGAGUUCCAAUGGCUCAGCAAGAAGUUGGUGGAUAUGGCGGCGGUGGUCCAGGACCUGACCGAUAUAACCCAAGUAGAGCUGCGCCUCCUGCCCCACGCCAACCCCAGCAAGCUCAGGCUCCUGCAUCACUACGAACCCAAAGACAAGCACCUUCUGCUCCUACCUCAAAUGGCCAGGCUCGCCCUCCAGUCUCCACCCAGAAGAGUGCAUCUCGCUCGCCAGCAAGACCAGAGCAGCAAACCCAAAGACAAGAACCACGCUACCAAAAUGGCGGAUCACAACCACAAGCCCGGCAGCCACCGCAAAACGUUCAGCCAUCCCGAUUACCUGCUCCAGUCAACCAAGUCAAGCCCCUCAAUGUUGGCAACAAACAACCUUCCAGCAAUGGCCAGUCAAACGACGCAGUUAAGGCAGCGGAGGCAGCUCUUACAUCUAAGCCACCGGCAGCUGAAAGACAAAAGGAUGUCCGCAUGUCUACCAUGAGUGAAAGUGAGGUUAUGGUCAAACUAAAGGAGGCAGUUUCAAAAGAUGAUCCUAACAUGUCCUAUUCAAAGCAGAAGAAGAUCGGUCAAGGUGCCUCAGGUUCAGUGUACGUUGCCAAGGUCAAGGAGAAUCCUUUGUCCCCAGUUGCAAGAGAGGUUUUACGACAACAAGGCAGCAAAGCCCAAGUUGCUAUUAAGCAGAUGGAUUUGGCACACCAGCCAAGAAAGGAGCUAAUUGUAAACGAGAUCAUGGUGAUGAAGGACAGCAAGCACCCAAACAUUGUCAACUUCUUGGACGCUUUCUUACGAAAUAACUUUUCUGAGUUGUGGGUGGUAAUGGAAUAUAUGGAGGGUGGUGCUUUGACUGAUGUUAUUGACAAUAAUCCAAACAUCACUGAAGAUCAAAUUUCUACUAUUUGUCUUGAGGUAAGUUAUCCGAAGAAUCAUUCUUUUCUGUUUACUAAUAACCACUAGACUUGCCGAGGUCUGGAGCAUUUGCAUCAACAGAGCAUCAUUCAUCGUGAUAUCAAGAGUGACAACGUUCUCCUUGAUGCCCGUGGAAAUGUCAAAAUCAGUAUGUAUACACCUGUGUAUCGCUUAGCGGAAACUAUACUAACAAAUUUUUAGCUGAUUUUGGUUUCUGCGCAAAACUUACUGAGUCUAAAUCAAAGCGUGCAACCAUGGUUGGAACACCCUACUGGAUGGCUCCUGAAGUUGUAAAGCAAAAAGAGUAUGGUCCUAAGGUCGACAUUUGGUCAUUGGGUAUCAUGGCCAUAGAAAUGAUUGAAUCAGAGCCACCCUACUUGAAUGAAGAGCCACUCAAGGCACUUUACCUCAUUGCGACAAAUGGAACGCCUCGCUUGAAGAAACCAGAAAAAUUGAGCAAGGAGCUAAAGGCAUUCCUAUCGGUUUGUCUGUGCGUUGACAUCAGAAGCAGAGCAUCCGCCAACGAGCUUUUACAACACGACUUUUUGAAGCAUGGUUGCACCCUUGGUAGUCUGUCAGAUCUCCUAGCAUUCCGAAAGAACGGCAAAUAAGUCAAAAAUAAAGCCACCUAAUCAAUUUUGCUUUGCUCAUAGCAUAUUGGCGAUUUGAUUCUUUUUCAAUAUUCGGACGAUUUGCGUCUUGGCCCGAGAGGCUAGCUAUGCAUCAAAGAAUUCAUGUUGGUCAUCAGAUUAUAUAUGAUUCACAUGAGUUAUUACACGGAGUUAGGGGGGUGGACAUACAUUUGCCUUUGGUCAGGAUUCACACAGCCUUUGUUUAAUUUCUCCAGCGUGUUGUGGGCGAUUGUUUCUUCACUCUGGUUCCAAAAGGCCUCACCAUUCUUCACAUAAAGGUUAUAAGGCAGAUUUCAGGGAAAAGGCGAAGAAAGAAGAGAUUCUAGCUUUGCAUUUUGUGUUUAGUUUUUUUUCCCUGGGGCUUUUUUCUUCCUCCUUUAUUUUGCUGCCAUUGUUCAGUUCUUCCGUCUCUUUGUGGAGAGAGUACUUUGCAUACCUCUGAGACUGGGAUGUGGUUGGGAGGGAGAGGAGUUCAGAGAAGAGAAUUUAGGGGGAGAGGUUGAGUGCAUCAGAUGAACGAGCGUUGAAAACACCUUAGAUGAAUAUAAUGUGAUGAAUGCAAUUUUCUAUGGGUUUUCCCUUUUUUUUCUUCACGGGUAUCUGAGCACGUUUUUUUAUAUGAGAAGACAUUUGAUUUAGAGAGUCAUAAGUAUUGCAAAGAUUUAAGAGGCUUCUUCUUCUAUUCAAUACGAUGUGUUCAGUGUA